GUGAAAUUAUAUUGUUGGUCUUUUACAAGUCCUGACUGGACUUUGGUUUUACUUUUAUUUUCUGUGAACACAAGUCGAAGCAAACUCUCUCUUACAAAGAAGGCAUAUCAACUCUUCUUCACAGUUUGGAGUGGCUCUUUCUUCCUAAGAGGGAAACACUGAUCACUGGAUCAGGGUUUGAUGACUUUCUUGGACAGUUUCUGUCUGAGUUCUUUCACUAUUUUGGAAUAAACUUUUCAUGGGGGACAAUCUCCCCAGGGUGCCUGGAGGAGCCCGGCUCCGCAGUCACAGUAGACCGGUUCAAACCCUCAGAGUUAAGAUGGUCCUUCUGGGAGGCUCUGGUGUGGGGAAGUCCAGUCUGGCUCAGAGAUUUGUCAAGGAGGAGUUCAGGAAUACAUCUCCUACAGUCGGCUGUGCCUACCUGACCCGGAUGGUUCACCUCAGUGACGUCUCUCUGCGUUUGGAGAUAUGGGACACAGCUGGGCAGGAGAAAUACCACAGUGUCACCCCACUUUACUACAGAGGUGCUCAUGCUGCUCUGUUGGUCUAUGAUAUCAGCAAACGGGAAACAUUCAUCAGAGUUCAGAUGUGGCUCAAAGAGCUGGAGAAACACUACAUUCCAGAAUCUACUGUUGUGUGGCUGGUAGGCAACAAGGGAGACCUGGCACAGGUCAGACGAGUGUCAGUGCAGGAAGGUCAAAGUCUGGCCAGUGACAAAGGUCUAUACUUCACAGAGACGUCUGCCCUGUCAGGGGAUCAAGUCAGCAACCUGCUCCUGGAUGUUGCCCACAGGGUGUAUGAGUGUAUUGGAGCGCAGCAGGGAGGACUGUCAGAGUGGCAGGAGACACCUCUCGGGGAGGUGCAUCGAAGAGACACAUCCAGCCUGUUAGGAUCCUGCUGCAAAGUUGGACCGUAACGUAACUGUUGAUUUCACUGCUGCUUGUCUCUGAUCAGCUGGUCAUCCCUUUCAUUUUAAAGCUGCACUUAAGACUGUAAAUAAUAAAAGUCCUGAAUGUAUAUGAAUGUAUUAAUGUGUGCCUUUUUCUUUACUGAUAUAAAUAAAAAAUUCCCGU